AUGAAGUGCCUGUGGGUGGUUUUAGUGUUGUGCUACAUAACCGUGGUCGCGGCACAGAGUAACAUCGUGUGCUACUACGACAACCGGGCGGCCAGCUACGGUACGCCAACCGUGCCGGGAACCUUCGCCACGACAAACUGCACACAUUACGUUUACGAUGGGGUUGGUGCGACGGCCCAGGGCGAUAUACGCAUACUGAGCAGCUACGAUACGGCAUCUGGAUUUGCCGACUUUCAAAGCAUUCGCCGUACGAACACCAAUGCCAAACUGUACGUGCUGCUCGCUUCCGAUCGUGAUGGUGGCAAGGGCUUGACCACGGCCAUUGCAGGGAAGAGUGAUAAGUUAGUGAACAGUAUCGCCAUUCUUUUGGAGCAGUACAACUUCGAUGGUGUGGAAAUCGACCGACGCACCACCUCGAAGGACGACUUCGAUAAGAGUGCUUUGGCCAAAUUCGUCAACAAACUGCGCUCGAGAUUGUACAUGAUCAACAAGCAACUGGCCGUGUCCGUUUCGGCACAGUUCAACGAUGCGUACGAUAUCACUUCGCUAAGCUUGUAUGCCGAUUUGAUAAACCUGCAUGCGUACAACUUUACGGCCAGCACCGCUAAUACCCUCGCUAAUCUUGCACCGCUGUUUUCGAGCACACCGAACAACGUCGUCAGUGUGAACUCAACGGUAACAGCCUGGCUGGCGGCCGGUGCGCGUAAGAACAAGCUGAACCUGGUGGUGGCCUCGUACGCCCGUACGUACACGCUGGUGAGCGAAGACCAGCGUGCCGUCGGUAUGCGUGGCAUCGGACCCGGUGACGCCGGGUCGAACACGAAACGGGCCGGUAUACUGGGCCGGUACGAGAUUUGCAACCAGCUCGGGGACUACGGGAUGGUAAGCGAUGCCGUCACUGCUACCGCGUACUUCUACAAAGCCAAAAAUUGGAUUACCAUCGAAACGGAGGACACGCUCGUGCAGAAGUUCACCUACGUGCUCGAUAAUGCGCUGGCCGGUAUCGGUGUCUACACGCUCGAUCUGGACGAUCCGGACAAUACGUGCGGCAACGGAGCCAGCCGCAUCUCGGAGCUCGCCCACCAGUACUUUGCCACCGGCUAG